UUACAUAACGGAAACUUUGGCCAGGGGGCUGAACUGGAGUAACAUAACACGGGUCAAAUGAGGAGUCGCGGUGCCCUGUGAAUACAGGCUACAUCAGACUCAAGACAUGUCUUCCCAAGACUACGACUGCAUAGUGAUAGGAGCCGGGGUUCAGGGCUCUUUCACUGCCUAUAACCUUGCGAAAAAUAACAAGAAAACACUUCUACUCGAACAGUUUGUCCUGCCACACUCUCGUGGCAGCUCUCAUGGCCAGACACGCAUCAUCCGCAAGGCCUAUGAUGAGGACUACUACACCCACAUGAUGGAGGAGUGCUAUCAGCUCUGGUCUCAGCUGGAGAAAGAGGCCAACGUCAAGCUGUACAGACGUACAGGUCUGCUAGUGAUGGGUCCAGAGCAGGGGGACUACCAGGUGAUCAAGUCCACCCUGGAGAGGAACAAGGUUCCCAUAGUGAUCCUGCCGAGGGAGGAGUUCAGCCAACACAUCCCCCAUGUUAACCUGUCCCAGGGAAACGCAGCCCUGGUGGACACCACUGCCGGAGUUCUGUAUGCUGACCGCACACUCAAAACUGUACAGGGACAGUUCCAGAAACUGGGGGGCGUGAUCAAGGACGGACAGAAGGUGAUUGACAUCACACCGGGCUCUGUGGUAACCGUGACGACAGUCAGUGGGGUGUACAGAGCUAAACGCUUGGUGAUCACAGCUGGACCUUGGGCCAACACCCUGCUGUCCCACACAGGCCUUCAGCUACCACUGCAGGUGAUAAAGAUUAACGUGUGCUACUGGAGUGAGAAGAUCCCUGGCUCCUACAAUGUCCAGCACCGCUUCCCCUGCUUCAUCCAGCUGGAAUCAGAGGAGGCAAAGCAUCACAUCUAUGGCCUCCCAUCCAAUGAAUACCCAGGCCUGAUGAAGAUUUGCUACCACACGGGCCCUGAGACGGACCCUGAUGAGAGAGACAGACAGACGGACAGGGGGGACAUAGACAUUCUACAGCGUUACAUCACCCGCUGCUUCCCUGGCCUGGUGCCCAUCCCUGCUGUGGUGGAGAGCUGCAUGUACACAGUCACGCCAGACGACCAUUUUGUCCUGGACCACCAUCCCACUCAUAGUAACAUCGUCAUCGGAGCAGGCUUUUCAGGUCACGGAUUCAAGUUUGGCCCAAUCGUUGGCAAGUUGCUGUGUGAACUGAGCCAGGGAGAAGUGCCCUCCUAUGACCUCUCCCCCUUCAGAAUCAGACGCUUCCAAGCCCACUCCAAAUCAGCAUUGUAGGAUCGGGGCCGCUGGCUUUAACAACCAUUUCAACCACUAGUUUUCAUACCAGUGUGUCUGAAGCCUAAACAAACAUUGGCCGUUCGUAAAUAAAUACUUACUUUUCCAGCUAAUCAUUGAGAAAAGUGAUGUCGGGAGGAGAGCCUUGAAAUGAGAAGAGGAAACAAAUCAAUGAUUCACUAAAGCUGAUUCCUCAGCUGCUGUGUUUGUGCACAUAAUGCACAUAAUAAAUGAGCAAACAAAAAAUAGUUUAAAAUAACUAAACAAAUAUAUCUAACCAUAUCAUGAAAGCAAAGUCUAAGAGGAAGGCCAUAAUGGAACGGCCAGCUGAUAGAGAAUCUAAAGGUCAACUAUAACAUUGUUGUACAACUGUAAACGCGUUCAUCUGUGACAAAUGGUAUUAAACUUGGGAGAAGAUGGUCCCCUUAUUGGCCCAUA